AUGACACCUUAUUUCUUCAUCUACUCCUCCAUCGGUCCAGGUGUGAUUGGAUUGGUUGGAACCCGCAUCUCGAUGUUUGAUCAUCUGACAAGCCAGAGGCAGGACAGGCGUGUAUCAUCAGAGAAGCCACACGGUCGCACCUGCGCGGCAAAACAUGACCGCCAGGCUCUGAUUCACAGGGACAGACGCAGUAAACACGCUGAAAGGUACAUUAACUCAGCACUGGACCUCAUACAAAUAGAAGUAAUGUUCAGUGGCGUAGCGCAAAUCCACGGACCCCUGCGAACCGCAAAACGGAGACCCCCUCCCGGCCCAGUUUCCAGAAAUCCCUGGCAAAGUAUUCCCAUCAGUAUCCAACACUCCGGCGUGUCGUUUAGAAGGAUUAUGCUGCUGGGAAAAAGCGGUGCUGGGAAAAGUUCAGCUGGAAACACAAUACUGGGAAAGAAAGAGUUUGAAUCUGAUUCAGGUUCAGAAACUCGUGAAUGUUCAGAGAAGCACGGCACUGUUUCAGGCAGAUCUGUGUCUGUAGUCGAUACUCCCGGGUUCUUCGACUCGGAGAUGAGUUCUGAACGUUUAAUGAACGAGAUCAUGAGAAGCGUUUAUCUAACCAGUCCUGGACCUCACGCUUUCCUCAUCGUGUUUAAUGUAAAUAUGAAGAUCACUGAGCAGGAGGAGAAGAUUCCUCAGAUGAUCGAGAUGAUGUUUGGUGAGAAGGUGUUAAAAUACUCCAUCAUCCUUUUCACUCAUGGAGAUCAGCUGAAAGGAAAGAGCAUGGAGCAAGUCUUUAAAGAGAACAGCAGGUUCAGGCGUGUAGUAGAUCAGUGUGGAGGCAGAUAUCAGGUGUUCGAUAAUAAAGAUCGGAAAAACAGAAAACAGGUCGAUGAUCUGCAGCAGAGGACUGACACGAUGAUAGAGAAGAAUGGAGGACACUACAGUGAUCAGAUGUAUGAGGACGCUUGGAAAUUUAGACGAGAGGAAGAACAGAGGCAGAGAGUGAGAAAGCCAGAAGUGAAUUACAGUAAGGCUCUUCUCUAUGGUGCGGUUGCUGCUGGAGCUGUUGUGGGUGGAGCUUUAGGCGUCGGAGCUGCUGUCGGAGCUGCUGUCGGAGCCUUCGUCGGCGGAAAAGCUGCUGCUGGAUUCAUUGAUGCUCGGAAACAGAGAGAGGAAGAAGAGAGAAGACAAAAAGAGGAAGAGGAAGAAGGCUGACACUCG